GAUACAGUUGAACAACAGCUUCCAGCAGGAAUGUAUUGUUGUAGUUAGCCCUGUCUGCAGAUAGGGAGCUUCCAGUUCAUCAUCCACCCAAACAAAUCCACCAAACCUGAUAGUGGAGACACAACCAGGCGUUUCCCCCCGCCGCCGCCGUCCUGCCCGGAGCCUCGCUGUCUGGUGCCCUGUCCUGCCCGGAGCCUCGCUGUCUGCUGCCCUGCCCUGCCCGGAGCCUCGCUGUCCGGUGCCCUGCCCGGAGCCUCGCUGUCUGGUGCCCUGUCCUGCCCGGAGCCUCGCUGUCUGCUGCCCUGCCCUGCCCGGAGCCUCGCUGUCCGGUGCCCUGCCCGGAGCCUCGCUGUCUGGUGCCCUGUCCUGCCCGGAGCCUCGCUGUCCGGUGCCCUGCCCUGCUCUGCGCCUCACUGUCCGGUGCCUCGCUGCCCGGAGCCUCGCUGUCUGGUGCCCUGUCCUGCCCGGAGCCUCGCUGUCCGGUGCCCUGCCCUGCCCGGUGCCUCGCUGUCCGGUGCCUCGCUGUCCGGUGCCUCGCUGCCCGGAGCCUCGCUGCCCGGAGCCUCGCUGUCCGGUGCCCUGCCCUGCCCGGAGCCUCCACGGUCAAUGCCAAAUGCAGAAAGAGACGGCUAUCCACCCCGACGGGACUAAAACCUAUUUACUAAACCCCUGAAUAGACCAAAUAAACCCUGAAUGGAUGGACGUUGUUAAGACAAAGACCUAUGGAAUGGGAAUAGUCAACAUGGAAUUUGGAUUUGACGGACCUUUUUGUAUAUAAUAAAUACCUAACGUUAGCUAGCUAGCUAGCUUGGACGGUUAGCUAUCAAAGGCUGCCUAACGUUAGCAAAGGAGCUAGCUAGCUAACGUUAGCUAGUUACCUUGAAAAGGGGGACAAAAAAUACGGCAAAGUUGGACUUUGUAGGCAUAAGACCGUCCCCCCCCCCCCCAAACAAGUUUAUUUUAACAUAGUUAGCUACCUGUAGUAACGCUACCAGUGUAUUGUUAAUGUUAGUGAGGUAAUUUUCAGCUAACGUUGUGUUGGCUAACGUUAGCUAGCUGUUAGCAGGACAAUCUGACGCCGUCUUCAUCACUGAUCAUUUACUUUUCAAUGUCUUCUUCCAUACUGGACAUUUCACUUCAACUUAUUGAGCUGACGUGAAAGACAUAUAAAUACAUUAAGUUUUUUUGUUGGGAGUUAAAUCAAAAAAAUGUACAACAGAGUGAAGUCAAUGGCGUUGCUGAAACAAAUCACGAUGCUGUCGUUGUGUCUGUACGGGAUGGUCCUCCGUCCGGUAACCGCUGACCAGCAGAAGGAGAGGGAAUGUGCCUUCACUGAGCAGCAGUGGGAGAUGGAGCGCGUGGCGAUGGGAGAAGGACGGGUUUCUCCUGAGAACACCACGAUCCACUGCUCUAAAGGAUCUCACUGCUUCGGCCUCUGGGAGAAGAGUCCUCCUGGAGACGUCAGGCUGGUCAAACAAGGUUGCUGGACUCACCUUGGCGACCAGCAGGAGUGUCGUGACGACCGUUGCGUGGUAACCAACUUGCCUCCUCAGAUCCAGAAUGGGACUUAUCACUUCUGCUGCUGCAGUACUGACAUGUGUAACGUCAACUUCACUGAGGACUUUCCCCUGCCCAGUCCCACUACGGCCCAGCCGCUAUACCACCAGUUGCGGUGUGAAGAGACCGUAGUCAUCUCCUUGGCUGUUGUCUCUGUCCUGGCUGUCAUCAUCUUCGCUGCCUUCUUCGGUUACCGCAUGAUGCACAGAGGUGGUAAACAGGGCCUUCAUAACCUCAACAUGAUGGAGGGAGCUGGUUCUGAGAGCUCUCUGGACCUGGAUAACCUCAAACAGCUGGAGCUGAUAGGUCGAGGCCGGUACGGCUCGGUGUUCUGUGGUUCGUUGGACGAGCGACAGGUGGCUGUGAAGGUGUUCAGCUCAGCCAAUCGGCAGAACUUCCUGAACGAGUGUUCCAUUUAUUGUCUGCCCCUGCUGGAGCACGACAACAUUGCACACUUCAUCGCUGCCGACGAACGGCUGGGGACCGAGGGCCGAGUGGAGUACCUUCUGGUCAUGGAGUACUACCCCCACGGCUCGUUGUAUCGCUACCUGGGGCUGCAGACAGGAGACUGGAUGAGUAGCUGUCGUCUGGCCCAUUCCAUCACCAGAGGCCUGGCCUACCUGCAUACUGAGCUGCUUAAAGGAGACUUCUACAAGCCAGCUGUGUCUCACAGAGAUCUGAACAGUCGGAACAUUCUGGUGAAGAACGACGGAACGUGUGUCAUCAUCGACUUUGGUCUCUCCAUGAAGUUGACGGGGAAUCGGCCCGUACGGGGAGAGGAGGAGAACGCUGCCAUCAGUGAGGUGGGUACGGUCCGAUACAUGGCCCCAGAGGUUCUGGAAGGGGCGGUGAACCUGAGGGACUGCGAGUCGGCUCUGAAGCAGGUGGACAUGUACGCCCUGGGGCUCGUCUACUGGGAGACCUUCAUGAGGUGUACUGACCUUUUCCCAGGAGAAUCCGUUCCAGACUUCCAGGUAGCAUUCCAGGCCGAGGCAGGGAACCACCCUUCCUUUGAGGACAUGCAGGUCCUGGUGUCCAGGGAGAAGCAGAGACCCAAGUUCCCCGAGGCCUGGAAGGAGAACAGCCUGGCGGUUCGUUCCCUGAAGGAGACCAUGGAGGACUGUUGGGACCAGGAUGCUGAGGCCAGGCUGACGGCUCAGUGUUCAGAGGAGCGAAUGGCUGAACUCCUGCUGAUCUGGGACCAGACCAAGUCCGUCAGCCCCACGGUUAACCCCACUGGUAGCAGCUGUACCUCACUGUAUAAUGAUAGAAACCGCAUGGGGCCAAAGUCCGGCCCUGACCCCGCCUCGUCCUACAUCGAGGAGCAGGAAGGCACGGCUAAGAACACACAGAGCGACGCUUCCUCCUCCGCUUUGAUUGGCCGGACGAGAGAUGGAGGCGUGGCGGCGGGAGAGAGGAACAGGAACUCGAUAAACUACGAGCGGCAGCAGGCGGCUCACGCCCGUCUACCCAGCAGCCCCUCCGCUGGAACCUCCUCUGCCCUCACCACCAUGACCUUCAUCUCCGAGUCCAGCCAGGGUCAUGACCCCAACCUCCACCUGACCCUGACCCAGGAGGAUCUGGAGACCACCAAGCUGGACCCCAGGGAGGUGGAUAAGAACCUGAAGGAGAGUUCUGAUGAGAACCUGAUGGAACACAGCCAGAAACAGUUCUGUUGUCCGGACCUGCUGAGCCCCGCCUCCUCCUCCCUGCUCCUCCCCUUCAUCAAGAUGGCUGCCGAGGAGUCUCCCCCCGCCGCGUUCCCUCUCCCCAAGCAGCAGAACCUCCCCAAACGACCCUCCAGCCUGCUGCUCCGCACCAAGCCGCCGAAGAAAGACUCAUCCUCUCUGAGGUUUAAAUUCGGUCGCCACGGCAAGUCCAACCUACGACAGGUAGAGGGCGGAGCUAAGACCAACGCCGUGUCCGAGCCCCACCGGGUCAGCGCCACCAACAACCUGCUGGUCCUACGGGACCUCUCCGUGAACGGGCACGCGGCCGUCCUCGCCAGCAGGGGCGCCAGCGGCGCGGCGGGACUCGCUCUAACUCAGGGCUCUGAGGACGGACAGCUGGGGCUCAUCACCGCCAGCCCAGACGAACACCAACCACUGCUGAGCAGAGAGACGGGACAAGCAGAUGUUCAGUCCUCUAACGCACGGCCCAACAACAACAAUAACAACAAUGGACUGGUACUGGGGGAGGGAGAGGGGGAGAGUGAUGGGGGAGGAGAGGAAGAGGAGGAGGGAGCAGGAGGAAGUACCAGUGGAGAGACCCCCUGCACCCUGGGGGAGAGCUCUGUGUCUGGACCUGAGCCCAACCCUGUCCCCAUGAGAGGUGAAGCCCUGCUCAGGGAGCCUAAAGGAGGCCGACGGCCGGAGAGACCCAGCUCCCUGGACCUGUCCUUCACCACCAGAGACCUGGUCUCACUGGGGGAGGUGUUGGUCCAGGGAACAGGGGAGAAGAUUAAGAAGCGUGUGAAGACUCCGUACUCCCUGAAGCGCUGGCGACCAGCCACCUGGGUCAUCUCCACGGAUACCAGGGGGUCAGAGGUGAACAACAACAGGGGAGAAGGUCAGGCCCGACCCAAGUCCAGCUCCGCUGUCUAUCUGACCUCUGAACCCAGCGACACCCGCCUCUGAACUCUGACCUUUCGGGAAGGGACAACACAGACAGUCGUGUUGCUAUGACAACAGAAAGCGAAGUGUUUCCCGGGUAACGGCAGCAGGAAGCGAUCCAGAGUGUUGUAACCGCAGUCGGUCCAGUUUCUGUCUCUCGCUUUGCGUCUUUUGAUGAUUUUCGCUUUAAAUUGAAUCCAGCUAUGCAGCCGUCCCUUCCUCGUGGUUCCAUUAGUCUGUGUGUUUACUGGGGUUUAGUCAUUCCAUUUGUCUGUGUGUUUACUGGGGUUUAGUCGUCGUUCCAUUUGUCUGUGUGUUUAGUGGGUUUUAGUCGUCUACUCCAGUUAAUCCCAGUCUGUGACCAUGAGGGAGGCUGCUCUGAGAAUGUAAAACAAUCAUUGUAUUUUCUCUGUCUUUCAGCACCAGAAGGAGUUUGCUUCAGAAAUGACUAACUAUGGUCUUAAAGACUCAAUUAUCCACUUCCACUUUUUACAUGCGCUGUUCAUUGUUUGUGUCCCCCCCCCUUUUUUGUAUCAUGAUUUAAAUUGUGCAAAAGGAUACAGCUUUUAGGUGCUUUCGUUUGUUUUUAACCCUUCUGUUGUAUUCUUGUUUCAUUUUUUAAUAUAAUCUCUGUGUUGCACUUAUAAAUGGACACCAAGUCAAUAUUUUAUUCAGUCUGUAAACAGUCUAUUUAGUAGAGGAAUCUAUCGGACAACAACCCUCUCCUCAAAUCAAUCACCGGACUGGACUGGGACUACAAUCACCGGACUGGACUGGGACUACAAUCACCGGACUGGACUGGGACUACAAUCACCGGACUGGACUGGGACUACAAUCACCAGACAGGACUGGGGGGACUACAAUCACCAGACAGGACUGGGACUACAAUCACCAGACAGGACUGGGGGGGACUACAAUCACCAGACAGGACUGGGGGGACUACAAUCACCAGACAGGACUGGGACUAUAAUCACCAGACAGGACUGGGACUACAAUCAUCAGACAGGACUGGUGGGACUACAAUCACCGGACUGGACUGGGACUACAAUCACCAGACAGGACUGGGGAUACUACAAUCACCAGACAGGACUGGGGGGACUACAAUCACCAGACAGGACUGGGGGGACUGCAAUCACCAGACAGGACUGGGGUGACUGCAAUCACCAGACAGGACUGGGACUACAAUCACCAGACAGGACUGGGGGGACUACAAUCACCAGACAGGACUGGGGAGGACUACAAUCACCAGACAGGACUGGGACUAUAAUCACCAGACAGGACUGGGACUACAAUCAUCAGACAGGACUGGUGGGACUACAAUCACCGGACUGGACUGGGACUACAAUCACCAGACAGGACUGGGGAUACUACAAUCACCAGACAGGACUGGGGAUACUACAAUCACCAGACAGGACUGGGGGGACU